CUUUGAAAUCUACGCCUAUCGUAGCGGUGGAGGACUCCGAGUCAAACUGGUCGUCGCAGUACCGUAUCAGCACUGGAGGGGUUGUUAGCACCAGGGACCGAGAUGCGAUGGGAGAUGGGGUUUAUAUCCCGUACGUGCGGAUUUCCCGGCUCCAGAGGGUCCGAUCAUUAGGAUCUUGAGCGCCGGUAGAGACUCGUCGGAUGCCAUCGGGAUAUGUGCUCUUGACUGGUGCGGGUGUCCGAGUUGUUGCAUGCUACUCGGGUCCUGAAGUAAAUACUGCAAAUGCAAGAGCCACAACGACGUCAGUCUCGCUAAACAGGGCUGCUGCUUUGGGUUUUGAGCACCACGAGGAAGACGGGAUCCAUCUCAUAUGUGCAACAGUCAGAACCUCAUCAUUCCAUUUUGUUAAUUUUGGAAUUUAUUUUCCAUUUGCUAGCCCUAUGCCACACGGCAUAGAAGUCACGCCAUAAGCCCAAAGCAAGACCUGACUACAUGCAAAUGAC